AUGGCCGCUCCGACUGCAGCCGCCAACACCACCACCACGAUCCAACUGGCCUCGCCCGACGGUCCCGUCACCAGGACGGUGCUGCAAACCCCGCUGCGAGACGCUCUCUCCUCCGAGGUCCCCCUCAUUGAUGUUACCGAUCUCGUCAACGCCUCCACCUCGACUCUCGACGCCCGCAAGACCGUCGCCGCCCGCAUCCGAGACGCCGCCACCAAGACAGGCUUCUUCUACAUCGUCAACCAUGGCGUACCCCUCGACGUCACCGACGCCUCAUGCGCGGCCUCGCUUGACUUCUUCCGGCAGGACGUACCCGUCAAGUCGCUCGCCACACCAGCCCCGGCCAAGGGCUUCAGCAACAACGGCUACAGACCUCCCAGCUCGCUCUCCAUCAACGCGACCGAGGGCGUCGACACCAAGGAGACGUUUACCCUCCGCUACGACCCCCGCUGGGACCCCGAGAUUUCGGACCAAGACGCCAUCCCAGAAGGGAUCCAUCUCGGCUUCGGUCACGAGGAAGACGCCUUUACCGGCACCACGAACAAGCCCGCUUUUGGACCGGCCAUCAAGGCGCACUUCCAGGCCUGUCUGCACCUCGCGCGGACUUUGAUGCGCGCAUUCGCCCUCUCUCUAGACCUGCCCGAGAACGCCUGGGACGUCAAGGCUCAGUAUCCAGGAUGCGCCAUGGGCGUCAACUACUACCCUCCUCUGCAGCCAACGGACCAGGGGGGCUCACCUACGGCCGUCUCCAUUGGCGCCCACACCGACUUUCAACUCUUCACCAUCCUCUGGCAGGACGAUGCAGGCGGCUUGCAGCUUCUCAACCGAGACGGCCAGUGGAUCCGCGCUGCGCCGAUCCGCGGCACACUCGUCGUCAACAUCGGCGACUUCAUGCAGCGCAUCACCAACGACCGCUACGUGAGCACCGUCCACCGCGCCCAGAACUGGAGCGGCCGCGAGCGCGUCAGUAUUGCCUUUUUCUGGGGCUUUUCAUUCCACGAGAGCUGCGGCGUCUUGGAAACCUGCCUCGCCGAGGGAGAAAAACCAAAGUACGAGGAAAUCAACUGCAGGGACUGGGUCAGAAAGCGGCUGGGGGCCAUGCAGACACUGAACAAACAAAGGGAGGUGGCCAACCAAUAA